CGCAGAAUAAAAUCCAUCAGCAUCAGGCGUGCUGGUCAACCAAAAAGCUCUACUAACUUACGAACGCGAGCUGACAUGUACGUUUUUCAUUGACUAGUGGCAUGGUCUUUGUUCUAGAACGACUUGGUGUUCAUCAGCACGUAUUUUGCUCAUGCAGCCGUGUAACUGUAGUACACAGUGAACGAAUAAAAAACGACCACGACGAUGAAGUCCACGACCGUAACAAGGCUACUUUCCCCGUUAGCAAAUUGAGACGAGCAGCGGGUAGUGAUACGGAUGUCUCAAACUAAGGUGGACGAGAGCAUCUUCACUGAGCAGGGCCUCCAGGAGAGGAGUUAGUACAGUGACUGUUCCUCGACCGUGGGAGGAGUGACAACAUGAUGAUCUGUGGGAAUAGAAGUAGUUUUGGAAACAGUGGCACUCAGAACAGGUGGAAACGAGUGCUUCGAGAAGUAGAAACCACAACUUUCUACAUCUUCACUAUGUCCUGCUUUAUCGGGCUCUUCGACACUUUUCGGGAGUGCUUCAAUCCGAAAAGCAUAACGGGCGGCCGCGACGUGCACGCGGCGUACUACGAGCGCGUACUGAUGGCACCACCAAAGGGCACCCCAACGACGGCCACAAAGGUACAUAACAAGAUACAAUGUCUUUCUAGAAUAUGAAUUCCUCUGGUGCCCGCAUAUAUAUUGAACUUUUUUUUCAUUUGCAAUAUUGCAACUGCUGUGGUUGAUCCGUAGAAAGAUUUAGGGAGUGUACUAUGUGAAUGUGCGCGCCAAGAUGCUGCCAUCAUGCAACGCAGCUGCAAGUUUUUUUGUUUUGUUCAAACUUCGCCUUAGAAGUUGUACCUACUUUUACUUAUCCCACGACAGGCCUACUCUUCGGGGGGUGCUCCAGAGAAGAAGUGAAUUGACGCUGAUGUUGAAGAUGAUGUUGCUACAUUAUUAUUACACGCGGACGGGUGAUGGAAAAUCCUCUCAAAAAUCUUCCUAUUUCCUUACCAGCAGUCCCAGUUUUUUGAUCGGCUGAAAGAAGAAAAACGGAGACGAGUCUUUCUCUUUGACGUUAAUAUGAAUAUGUGACUUUUUGUUUCCGCUCCACUUGAAAGACGCACAUUUAGUGCGUGUGAAGAGAGAAAUAACUACGUGCAUCUCUUCUACGAGUUCCCGCCGUGUUCAAC